AUGUUUUCCCGUCUCCUCGCGACUCUCUCCUCUGCCCUGGGCACCCCGCAGGCUCUCAGAGAGCUCAGAUGGAUGCAGGCAGCCAUCGACUCCCGUGCGUCCCAGCUCUCUCUCGCAGACAUGGUCGCUCGCAGGCUCCAGCAUGAGCCCCUCCAGUAUAUCUUGGGUACCCAGCCGUUUGGUCCGCUCAAUCUCCUCGUCCGUCCUCCGGUCUUGAUUCCACGUCCGGAGACUGAGCAUUGGGCGACUGUUCUUGCCGAGUCACUUUCGCCAACUGCACAAAAGCCUAUUUCUCUUUUGGACCUGGGUACAGGCUCAGGCUGCAUCCCACUUCUACUCUGUCAUCUUUGGCCCCCAGGAAGUGUCAAGGCGCACGCAGUCGACAUUUCUCCCCACGCUUUGACCUUGGCACAGGACAACGCUGCACUCUGUGGAAUUCCAUCGCAAUUGGAUGGUUCCAAGAAGCCACAGAAUACUUUCACUGUCUUCAAUUCAGACUUUCUUGCGGAGGACUUCCCGAGUCCCGCAUUGCGCGCUAAUUCCCCUUUUGAUGUUAUCACUUCCAACCCACCUUACAUACCGUGGAAAGAGUAUAUCGAACUCCCUCCUUCCGUCUUAGAUUAUGAAGACCGUCGAGCUCUCUUAGCGGGAUCCUCGGGCCUUGAUUUCUAUCACGCAAUCGCGCGCCUAGUAUCGCAUAAGAAUCUCCUGGCACCGAGCGCUAUUGUGGCACUCGAAGUGGGUCAUAAUCAAGCUUGUGCCGUUGAAACUAUAAUGCGCGACACCGGUUGCUUUCGUUGCACCGAAAUUUGGACUGAUCCGUGGGGGAAACAACGAACAAUCAUAGCGCGAAAAUAA